AUGUUAAAUACAGGUCGCUCCAACUGCAACUACAUUUGCACCAACGACAACCACAGCAGCUCCAACUACAACCACAGCUGCUCCAAUAAUUACCACAGUUGUACCAAGAACAAUCACAGCUACAACUGUUCAAACAACAACCAGAGGUUCUCCAGCAAUUACCGGAGAUCCUCCAAAAUCUGCCACAACCCCUACAACACCUACCACAGCUGCUCAAACACCAGCCAUAUCUGCCUCCUCAACAGCUAUAAUUGCUUCAAAAACAACAACCACUGUUCCAAUAGCAACAACAAUUGCUCCAACAACUGCAAGAGUUGCUCCAACUACAGAAAGAAUCAUUCUAAGUUCUACAGUCUCUUCAGCAACCAAUAUAGUUGUUCCACCAGGAACCACAGAAGUUCCAACAACAGCUACAGUCAAUGCAACGACAACAACUCCAACAACUUCCUUAACAACUUUGACCAAUCAGCUGUAAGCAGUACACGAUUGGAGAAUACUGAAGCUGAGGUCGGAGUUGAGUUCGAUAAAACCACACCAGUUAAGGAACUCCCAGAGAACAGUGUUGUUGCAGAAACUGUAAAAGAGGGUGCAGUUAAUUCCACUGUGAACUUCAACGUCACGAUCGUGUCAGACUCCAUUGCAAUAAUAAAAACACCCAAGACAAAUUCGACAACUGCAUCUCCAGAAGUUCCAACCAAUGCUACAACCACAACGCCUUCUACUGCAGCAACAACAACGACCACUACAACUGCAGAGUCAACAGUCGUGAGGCGGGUGACUUUUAGAUCUUUGGGAGAGACAUUCACAACUGAUCUGCUGGAUGCCUCAUCCACGGCUUUCAAAAACCGAGCUGCAUUAAUAGAGUCAACACUGAAACCAUACUUUGAAAGAGAUUCUUCUUCAUUCCGCUCUUUGACCAUUAUUUCAUUCAGCAAUGGAUCAAUCAUCAACAACAUGGACCUUCGUUUUGCAUCAGCAUCUGUUCCUAGUAACGUUCAAAUUGGAAAUGUUUUGAUCAGAGCAGCUCCAAUCGUCACAGACUUCAACAUUGAAACCAGUUCUGUAACUGUGGAAGGUUCAGAGACGUCAAGUGGAGUAAGCCACAACAUCAGUCUCAUCACUGCAGUCUCCAUGGUGCUGUUGUCAUGGCUACUAUCAAGUCAGCAGUUGGUUCCCUGCUGAUGUUCCUGGGACAUCU